AAAGACAAAUCAGUGAAUUUAACAAGGAGUUGCAGGGUUUUCAAUUGCAUCUAGGCAAACUAAGUGAAGAGGCGAAUCAGAUAAAAAGUAAAUGCGCCGAAAGGGAUGAGUUCAGUGAAAAGAUAAAGAUUAAAUUAAAUCUGGUUUGUGACGAUGAAGAAUCGUUUGAUUCAGUUUUGGACAAAAUGAAGGACAAUGUUAAAAAAUUGGAAGAAGAAUUUUCAAAUUUUGAAAAGCAAAUAGAAGCCGAAGAACACAAGCUGCAAUAUGCUGUUGAUGAAAUAAAAACCAAAUAUACUAGUUCCAUGGAAAAUGGAUCAUCAAAAAAGAAUAUUAUUAAAGAAAUGUUUGAAUUAAUAGUUAGUUUACAAGAAAAAUUGUCUCAGAUAAGUAUUUCAAAUCCUCAAUUAAAAAUUAUUGAUGAUCAAGUUAGAAUUUUUGAAGAGAAUUUGAAUGAGAAAAAAGCAGACUUAGACAAAUAUCUACAAAUUCAAGAGAUAGACAAACUAAAAAAAGAAAUUCAGCACAAAGAAAAUGCUUUAACUAGACUGGAAAAAGAAUGUAAACUUUUAUAUACAAAUAAUUGUACACUGCAAAUCAUUGAAUGACAUAAAGCUGAAAUAAUAAGCUGGAAGGAAGAGAUUGAGGGUAUAAAAAGAAAACACAAACAGAAGUUUAAAAAAAUUUUUGGACAAUGCAAUUCCAAAGGUCAACUGUCUCAGUGUACUCGAGCAUAUUCAAAACAGGGAGAAAACGAAACUAAACAAAUUGUGGAGAACUAUUUCCGAAUAUGACAAGAAAAUAGCAUUGUUUGAAUCCGAGCUAAAGGAUUCAAAAAAAAAAAACUAGAAAAUUAUGAAGAAGAAUUAAAAAUAAACCAGAACAAAAUCCAACUUGUCUGUCAAGGAAAGGACUUUGCAAAAACGUUACAGGAAUGUUACAACAGAAAGGGGAAACUUCAAAAAGAAAAAGGCAUAUGUACAUCAGCCAAGGUUAUGUGCGAAGCAUUCAUUAAGGAAUUUGAGCAAGAAAAACCCUGUUGCCCAAUUUGUGAGACCAAUUUUUCAAACCAGAAAGAAUUUACUGCAAGCAUUAUCAAAAAGCUCAAGCACAAAAUUGAGGAAAUUCCAAGGAAAUUAGCUUCCAUAGAAGCUGAUCUGAAAAAAGAAGAAGACCUCUAUGGGCAAUUACAGGAAAUAAAGACCGUCCAUGAUAAUGUCCAAACGAUUCAAGAACAUAAAAUUCGAGAAAAUGAACAAUUACAAUUAAUGAAGAAAAAAGUAGGCGAGUCUAUGGUGGAAUUAAAUCUAUUGAAAAAUCAAUCGCAGGAAUCGCAAGAAAUCUGUGAUAUUUUUACGAAUGUAGUAUCUGACGUAACUUUACUAGAUCGCCUAAACUUGGAUCUCGCCAAAAGCGAGGAUUCUGUUGAAUCAUUGAAAUUAGACCUGCUGAAGGUGCCUUCGAAUCGGUCGCUAGAAGAUGCCGAAUCCGAAGUGGCAGACAUUAAGGCUGAACUGUCUAAUCUUAGAAAAAAAUAUGAAAAUAUUAAAUCCAUUUUGGAUCAAACAAAGGAGAGCAUUCAGAGUUUAAACGCUAAUCUCCAAAAUGAAGUUCAAAAGAAGUUGGAAGCCCAAAAAUUAAUGCAGGAAAAGGUGUUGAUUGAAAAGCAGUUGAGUGAAACCAGUAACAAAUGGACCAAAGCCAAAGAGGAAAUAGAGUCCUUAAAGAUGGAAGUGUCGACUUUGAAAACCGAACUUGAAACUGCUCAAAAGAAUCGCGCCCAUAUUGUACAGCAAAAUAAAAAAUUGCUCGAGCAAAAAAGGUUGGACCUUGAGUCAAUUAGACAUGUGUUAGAUGACGUUCAGAAAUCGCACAAUAUCAUCGAACGUUACGAAGCUAGCGGAGCCCCCGAAAGGCUGGAAACGACCAAUAGCAAGAUCCAAAAUCAGUUGGAAAAGAUUGCAAAAUUAGAGGGAGCUAAGAGAGUGUUAAACGAAGUAAUUUCAAACAAUAAGCAAGAUAUGGCUGGGGAAGAGAGUAGACUAAGAAGUUUGAAAGACAACAAGGAGUUGCGGGAUUGUAGAAAAAAGAUAGCAACGAUCGAGUCGGAGAUACAAGAACUCAAAGAGCAAAUCGACAAUCUCAAUAACACAACGGCCUUUAAGGAAAAAGAGCUGCUCGAGAGUAAUGUUAACCUUAAAAACAAAGAAAAAUACAUACUGUUAGGGAACAAGGAGCAAAUUCUGGCAAGUAUUAGAGGUUUCAACGCGGAACUGGAUAAGACCGAAAAUAAACACGCCGCAGCAGAAUACUUAAAACAGUAUUACGAACUGAGGGUGGAAGAGUCGGCGAUCAGCGAUUUAGAAGUGUAUACCAUUGCUCUCGAAAAUUCCAUCCUGUUGUUCCACGAAGAAAAUAUGGUUCAAAUACAUAAAACAAUCCGAGAAUUGUGGAGAACCAUUUACAGAGGUAACGACAUCGAUUAUAUUGAAAUCGAAAUUGAUUCUCUCGGCAGCACGGACAACAGGAGGUCUUACACUUACAAAGUGGUGGAAGUUAAAAAUGGUGUGCGGUUGGACAUGCGAGGCAGAUGUAGCACGGGGCAAAAAGUGUUGGCAUGCCUGGUUAUUCGGAUGGCACUGGCAGAGACGUUUUGCGCCAACUGCGGAAUUUUGGCUCUCGACGAGCCGACAACUAAUCUUGACCAAGAUAGUAUUUAUAGUUUGAGCGAUGCGAUAUCUAAAAUCGUCAAGUCAAGAGAGAAACAGAAAAAUUUCCAGCUGCUGGUCAUAACGCAUAAUGAAGAGUUCCUGCAGACGCUGAUGAGGGACCAGAGUGUAUCCCACUACUAUCGCGUGUCGAGAAAUCCUGACGGCUUUUCACAAAUUCGUAAAGAAAUUAUGUAAUAGCACUCUUAUUUUUGUUACAUAUUAUGUUUAUAUUCUAUGAAUGAUUUAUUCGGAAAGAAAAAUAUGUAUUACCGAUUUACGGAGGAUUUAUUUACACAUAGCGAGUCAGUACAGUCAUAUUCAAUUAUAAAAAAAGUUUUCUCGGGAGUUGUAAAAAUUGGUGAUUUAUAACUUGAACUUGAGCGAGUCUAUAACACUUGAUAGUCAGUGCUUAUAAUAGAUUGAUAAUUUGACUGAAUAUUAUUGACUAUUUUCAUAAAAAGCCCCUGCGGUUCAUAUUUCCAAGUUAGCUGUUCGCUCUAGAAUGAAUGUCUAAAGUGUGUCUAAUGUCUAAUGACGUCAUUUUUGUUUAUCUUUGGUCCGUAUAUUACAAACAGGCGCUGACAACAAGAUUUUUCAAAAGUGAAAUAUGCGUAACUGUUAGUCAAAAAAUAUUGGUUUGUCAACUUGGAUGUUAGUUCGAAUAAUUCCAAAAAAAAGAUAACAAUAGGUUUAAUGAACAAUUGGAAAUGAUAAUUUUAAAUAUAUUCCACCCUUUCAAAAUAAAAUUGAAGCUCUAUGCACGGAACCCUGCCUCAAUAUUCUCAAGAUCAGGUGAUAUUUUUGUUCAACGCCGUAUAGUGAAAAUACUUUUGGCAACCAGCAUAACGUCAUUACAAGCGGGUAUAAUUCCGACGAUACAAUGCAUUUUUCUUAUCCCACCUAAACUAUGUGAUUUCUGUAUGGCUGUAUGUAAAUAUUUAUAGAAAGUUAAAAAAAACACACAAAAAUCUUGUCUUUUAGGGGCACAUUCACGCUUACAAAGCGCCAAUGCUUUGUAAUGCAAUUUUCUAGGAAAUAUAAAAAAAUGUAUAUUUGUAUAAUAGAUUUGUUUAAAAUUUAAAAAAAUGUAUUAAUUGUGAGCUAAGGAUAAUUUUAAAGAUUCUGGUUACCAUGUGAUUAAUAGCAAUAUUAUGUUAUGUUAGUAUUAUUUACCAGCGGUAGAUUAGAAAUGUCCUGGAUACCAGUACCACCUGUAAUUAGUUAAAAUAGAUAUAUUAACAACCACAAGCAAAAAAAAAAAGCGGAAAAACGGUAUGUGAUUUCGAAAGAAAUAUAUAUGUUUUUACUUUUAGUUAAUUUUACGAACUUUAUAGCUUUUGGCCUUUAAUUUUAUUUUAACUGUCCAUAUUACAAUUUACAUUAUACGAUAAAGUGAAUUUUAUUGUAAAAUAUUAUUCUUGCCUUGAUAGUCACUCAUGGAGAUACAAUGAGCCGUUCAAAUGCCAUGUUUGUUUAGUGUCAGAAGCGCCACCAUCAGAGAAUAAAUUUGCGUAUAAAAAGAAAAGGCAUUCUUUCGAGUGAAGUGGAUAAUAUAUUUACGGUGGGUAGUAUCACUUCGAGGGGCACCACCUGAGAAAUUGAGAGUUUUCGCGUGAAACUUUGCGUAAUUUAAAAAUUAUCAGUGAUAAUACAGUAACAAAGUAACAAACUGUCUACGUCAAAAAUAAUUUCAUAAUUUUCAGUGACUUUACUUUUUUUGACCGCCAUGUCUAUUCUAAAUCAACAUAAAUGUAUUACUUUAAAAUUUUAAUUCUGCCAAAAUUUCUAACAAAAAUUAUCAAUAUUGUUCUAACCGUAUUAAAUGAAAUCGCUAUUUUUUUAAGUUUGUUUCGUUUAUUCUUUAAUGGGACGUUGCUAAAAAUCUAACAUCAUAUCAUAUAUAAACUGGAAGCUCACAUCAGUUCGCGGCUGCAGAUGUAACAAUACCUAAAUUCUUAAGGACUCUUUCGAGUUGUUUUUCCGCAAUGUAAAUUUUAUAAUAAUAAUAAUA